AAAUGCUGAUGCAAUGCUCACCAUAUAAUAGAAACUACAGAUAUAUUAUUUCUCCAGUUGUCCCCAUUGAAAGGAAGGAUGUUCCAGGGAAAAGAGCCCAAGUGGCCCAAGAUUUUCCACAUUUAAUAAAAAUAGAAAGUUAUGUCAUCCAACUGAUAGCAUCUUGAAGUUUAUGUAAUAUCAUACAAAUCCACUGAUUUUUAUCCAAGCAAUCAGUACUAAGAAAGAAACUUCAGUUGGUUGGCUUGGUUUCCAUGCUCUUAGCAUGCAAGUAUGAGGAGGUUUCUGUUUCUGUAGUUGGGGAUUUGAUUCUUAUAUCAAAUAAAGUGUACACAAGGAAGGAGGUUCUGGAAAUGGCAUUCAAGGAGGCACAAAAAGUACUCAAAACCAAGCCUCUCUCUGAGAAAUCUGAAAAACACACAAAGAUUCCAUCUUUUCAUGAUUUGGAGCAAAACCUAGAUGCCAAAUUCUUGCAUAUUUGUGCUAAUGAAAACAUUCAUGGUGUGGAAUACAAGGACUACCCAAGUCCUCAAAAUGGUAUCUUGGUAGCUGAUAUGUCUUCAAAUUUCUAUUCCAAGCCAGUGGAUGUGUCUAAGUUUGGUUUCAUAUAUGCUGGAGCCCAGAAGAAUGUGGGGCCAUCUGGAGUCACCAUUGUGAUCAUCAAGAAAGAUCUGAUUGGGAAUGAUGGAAUUUACAUGUAUUGUUUGGUGUUUGAGGAUUUGUUGGAUCAAGGAGGGUUGGUCGAGGUGGAGAAGAAGAACAAGAAGAAAGCUGAGAUUCUGUACAGUGCUUACGAUGGGAGCAAUCGAUUUAAUAGGUGCCCUGUGGAGAAGUCUGUGAGGUCAUUGAUGAAUGUGCCUUUCACUUUGGAGAAGUCAGGGUUGGAGAUUGAGUUUAUUAAGGAAGCAGCGAAGGAGAAUAUGGUUCAGCUUAAGCAGCAUAAGUCAGUUGGGGGUAUGCGGGCUUCUACAUACAAUGCUAAGCCAUUGACGGGGGUUGAGAAAUCAGUUGCUUUCAUGAAGGAUUUCCAGGCAAGGAAUGGAUUUGCAAAUGCAUGGUGAUUGUAACUUCACACAGCUCUUAGAAGAGGGGUCUAUCAUGAAAAUUGAAUUUAUGAUGGACUCCAAAAGAUGAAGUGCAUACCCAAUAGUCUCCACAUGAAGUUCAAAUGGAAUCCAUUACUAAGAAGACACAAUGGGGUGGUAAUUUUGGUCUAGAAGAAGACUGUCUCAUUGUGUCUGCAUGGCUCAAUACUUCAUUAGAUGCAGUGCAAGGGAAUGAACAAAAACACAAAACAUAUAGGAAUAGAGCUUGGGAGUACUUCAAUAAAAAGACAUUUACAUCUACUCGUAAUGCAAACUCUCCAAUGAAUCGUUGGUCAACAAUUCAACUCCAAACUAAUAAGUUUGUUGGGAUCUUAGCAUCAAUUGAGAUGGUUAAUCCAAGUGGUGUGAAUGAGCAAAACAAGAUUAUUAAGGCAAAGGAAGCGUAUCUAAAGGUCCAAGCUGUUCCAUUCAAAUUUGAUCAUUGUUGGAAUAUCCUGAGGCAUUAACCAAAAUGGUUGGAACUUGUAGCGAAGCCUCAGAAGUCUCAAACGAUAAGAAGAUCAACUGCAACAUCGUCUCCUUCUACUCUUGAAUCAAUACAUCUAGGGGAAGAUGAGGUCUCCCAUGCUUCCUUUGUAGACUUGGAGAGACCACCUGGUAGGAAGGCUGAAAAGAACGAUUAAAUAAAUGAAAAAGUAAUGAUAGUUUGAUUUUGAAUCUUGAAGGGAUACUGAAUGACAUGGCAGAAAAGAAGAGCAAAAAAUAUGAUGAGAAAAAUGAUGUUCAUGAGAGGGCAUAUUCACAAACUCAAGAACUCAUAGAGAUUAAGAAAAUGAAGCAUCAAGAACUGGUGGAGAUAAAGAAAAUGGAGGUUGAAGAGUUGAUUCGUGUUAAGAGAGAGAACCUUCAAUUAGAAUGAAUGACGAAAGAAUUGGAAAUUACCAUGAUGGAUACUACAAACUUGGAUCCAGAGCAGCAACAAUGCAUUAGCCAACUUUGCCAAGAACUCAUUCAACAUCAAGAGAAGAGAAAUUGGGGAAUAUUGUUGCAACGUAGCACACUAGUCAUAUAACCUUUUUGUGCAAGGAUUUUGUUGUUAAGGUGUUUCUAAACUUUUCAGAUUUUGUUGUAGAGGAGCAUGUGCACUAUUUGGUCCAUCCAGAUUUUUGUAAUCUCUCAUAUGUGAUUGGAGUUGUCUUUGUCUA